CCGGGUUUCACUUCUUACUUCUUCGCCCCAAUCCUUGAGCUGCACGGCGAUGAUGAGUUCUCUAUAGAAUCCUACGCUUAAUUAGAUUGCUCUUUCUAAGUAUCUCCUUCGCUGUUCGGUUCAGUAAGACAUAAACAUCUCCGCGAUGACGAAGUCACGGCUAGUGUUCAUUCCUGCUCCCGGUAUGGGUCACCUCGUGUCCACCGUGGAGUUUGCCAAAUUUCUCAUCGACCACGACCACCGUUUCUCCAUCACCGUCUUCGUCGUCAGGGCACCAGGUGCCACCAACGUCGAUGCCUACACCGACUCUCUCACUUCCUCUCCUAAUUUCCCCAAGCGCCUUCAGCUCAUUCACCUCCCAAUUCACGAAUCUCAGUCUGCUCCGUAUUUACAUCAACUCGUCCAAAACAGCAUACCCCUCCUCAAACAGGCUCUGUUCGACCUCAUUCAAGAGUCCCACUCCAACCCGGACUCUCCCCGACUCGCCGCAUUGGUUGUCGACAUGUUCUGCACCGCAAUGAUCGACGUCGCCAACGACCUGGGGGUUCCCGCCGUCGUCUUCUACACCUCCGGCGCUGCAUAUCUUGGUUUGAUGCUUCAUCUUCACGCACUGCGGGAACAGGGUAUCUACGACACGACGGCGCCUAACUUCAAGGAUUCCGGCACCGAGCUGAUCAUCCCGAGUUUUGCGAACCCGGUGCCAGCCAACGUUUUGCCCUCAGGAGUCCUGGAGAAGGAGUGGGAGGGUUUUGUGGACGAGUACGUCAGGGGUCUUCGUAAAUCAAACGGUAUCAUCGUAAAUACGUUGGAGGAACUUGAAUCGCAGGCGAUUCACUCGCUCUCGGAAGGAGGUACCCGGAUCUAUCCUGUGGGGCCCAUCUUAAGUGCGAAGGAUGAUGAAAGGCGUCAACAAGGAUCGGACAUCAUUGAGUGGCUUGACGAUCAACCCGAGUCAUCGGUUUUGUUCCUGUGCUUCGGGAGCCGGGGUUGUUUCGGUGAGGAUCAAGUGAGAGAAAUCGCAUCCGCUCUGGAGAACAGUGGGGUCCGCUUCUUGUGGUCUCUGCGAAAGCCCCCGCGGGAGGGUUCAAAAGGCAUCACCGAUUACUCAGACCCAGAAGAGGUGUUGCCGGCGGGGUUCUUAGAUCGGACGGCGGGCAUAGGAAAAGUCAUCGGGUGGGCCCCCCAGGCUCGAGUACUGGGCCACAAAGCGGUGGGGGGAUUUGUAUCCCACUGUGGGUGGAACUCCAUCCUGGAAAGUGUGUAUUUUGGAGUGCCAGUUGCGACGUGGCCGCUGUACGCAGAGCAACAAGCCAACGCCUUCGAACUGGUCCAUGAGUUGAAGAUAGGCGUAGAGAUCUCAUUGGAUUAUAGGAUGAACUUCAAGAAUGGAAGCAACUCGGGAAUGAUAAGUGGGGAGAGAAUAGAGAAAGGGAUAAAGGAGGUGAUGAAGAGAGAAAGUGAGAGGAGGAAGAAGGUGAAGGAGAUGAGUGAGCUGAGUCGGAAGGCAUUAAUGGAGGGUGGAUCUUCUUUCUCGCACUUGGGCCGUUUUAUUGAUGAUGUACUGAAUAACAGGAUGUUGAAUCUAUCCUGAUUUAGAAGACCACGACACUUCUGUACUUCUUGUUACUCAUAUAACGACGUCGUUUCCUUGCCGAAUUACUUGUGUUUUCUGAAUUCACUUCGUGUAUCAAUUUUAGUAAGAAUAGUCAUAUGAAAUUAACCAAGUGUUUGCUUUGAAAUGCCA